AUGGCCAGAAUUCAAUUUUCGUGGGCCAACAUAGCCAUUGUCCUGUCACUCUGCCUGGGAAGUAUUUCUUAUGGCUAUGACUUCAGCGUUAUUUCAACCACAGUUGGCCAGCCAAGCUGGUAUGCUUACAUGGGUCUCACGGCUGACCCUACGCAAGCCGCAUUGUAUGCCUACAGUAACCAGAUCAUUGGUACCGUAUUUGGCCUGUUCUCUGCAGGUGCUAUCUUCGGUGCUCUAUUUGUCGGAUGGGUCUGCGAUGCCUACGGUCGUCAAAAGUCGCUUAUACUUGCUGCCAUUAUUAACCUUCUCGGUGCUGGACUGCAAACCGGCUCGGUUCAUAUUGGCAUGUUUAUUGCUGCAAGAUUCGUCACUGGAUUCUCGGCCGCCAUGUUUGUCACACUGGUGCCUGUUUACAUUGCAGAAGUUGCCCCCCCGGCUACACGGGGACUACUCGUUGGCCAGCACGGUGGAUUCUUUCUCACCGGAUAUGUCCUUGCCGCUUGGGUCGGAGUCGGGAGCUUUUACUUUUCCAAUGCACAGCUCAAUUGGCGAUUUCCACUAUCCCUGCAGGUUCUCUGGCCACUGUUAUUGCUCUGCACUGUGUCUUGGCUACCUGAGUCCCCUCGCUGGCUUGUGGCCAAGGGCCGGAAUGAUGAAGCCUGGACCAUUCUUUCCAGACUUCACCACGACCCUAAGGACCAUGAGCAGCUAUUUGCCCGCGAAGAGUUCUUCCAGAUCACGUCUCAGCAUACGGCGGAUCAGGCUGCAUACGGAGAUGUUAGCUUCAUAGACUUGUUCACGAAGCCUCACUUCAGGAAGAGGAUGCUGAUCGGUACACUGGUCAUGUGGGCGUCUCAAGCAAACGGUGCCAUCGUCAUCUACAGUAACAUUGUUGGCUUGGUCACGGGCCUCGGCUUCAGCACGAGUGACUCUCUCCUUCUUUCAGCAGGUUGGAUCACCUGGGCAUGUGUUGGUAAUUUUGCAAAUGCCUGGUUCCUUGACCGACUUGGCCGCGUCCGCAGUCUCCUCAUUGGUAUUAGCGGCUGCAUCGUAUUUGUCAUUAUCGAGGCUGCAAUUGUUGCGAAUUAUGGAUCAUCGACCAACAAGUCAGCGCUGGCGGCCGGCGUGGCUAUGCUUUUUGGUUUCAUCACAUUCUACGGUGGUUUCGUCGACACUACUAUCUAUGUUUACUGCUCCGAAAUCUUCCCUACCCACAUCCGUGCCAAAGGCAUGGGAUGGUGCCUAGCUAUAUUUUUCUUGUCGACACUCCCAUUUCUGGAGUCAUCCGCAACUGGUUUCGCUACGAUUGGGUGGAAGUACUACCUUCUCUUUAUCAUCCUGCCGGCUAUCAAUGUGGUUCUUCUUGCACUGUUCUGCCCUGAUACCAAAGGAUUAUCAUUGGAGGAGAUCAAUGGCCUCUUUAAUGAUCACGUCGCAGUUCAACUUACUCAUCUUACUGAAGAGGAAAAGACUGCUUUGGAAGCUCGCGUUCUAGAAGGCAAUGUCAUUGAAGGGAAAGAGCAACUGGGAACUGAUUUCUCCUCUACUGAAAAGGGAAUCAAGUCUUGA